AAGACAUCAUGGCCUCACUGCAAAGGGCAUGUCAAGUUGGAUACAAACUUAUUCGGCCUGCUGGGCUUCUGGAAAGUUUUAGCAAGCAACUGUAUGUAGCAAGAUGUUUGUCUACAGGUCAGUAUGAGUAUAUUCUCACAGAGACCCGUGGCGAAAAGAAGAAUGUGGGUUUUAUUCAGCUGAACCGUCCUAAAGCUCUGAACGCCCUGUGUGAUGGUCUGAUGAGGGAGGUGGGACAAGCCAUUGAUCAGUAUGAGAAGGAUCCUAAUAUUGCAGCUAUUGUCUUAACUGGAGGAGACAAAGCUUUUGCAGCUGGGGCAGACAUUAAGGAAAUGCAAGACAAAGGCUUCACAGAUGUUUACAAGGGAAACUUUCUCAGUCAUUGGACAAGAGUGGCUGAGUGUAAGAAACCAGUGAUAGCUGCUGUUAAUGGAUUUGCUCUAGGUGGAGGGUGUGAAUUGGCUAUGAUGUGUGACAUCAUCUAUGCUGGAGAUAAGGCACGAUUUGGUCAGCCAGAAAUCAAGUUAGGAACUAUACCAGGGGCUGGAGGCACUCAGAGACUAACUCAGGUGAUUGGCAAAUCAAAGGCUAUGGAAAUGGUCCUUACAGGCAACAUGAUGGUGGCCACCGAAGCAGAGAAAGCAGGUCUGGUAAGUAAAGUGGUGCCACGAGACCAACUGGUUGAUGAGGCCAUCAAGCUGGGAGAACAAAUAGGAACAAUGUCCAAACUGGCUGUGUCCAUGGCAAAGGAGGCUGUCAAUGCUUCUUAUGAACUCUCAUUACAAGAGGGCCUUCGAUUUGAGAAGAAGAUAUUUCACUCAACAUUCGCAACAGAAGACCGUAGGGAAGGAAUGUCUGCAUUUGUGGAAAAGCGUGAUGCCAAUUUUAGUGACAAGUAAACUGUUCAGACAGGGAUGAAGAGGAAUUUGCUUCCAAGAAGAUCAUGAUUUUAUGGUAACAUUGGUAAAGACAAUGAUCAACACACAAACCUGUACACAUCGGACAUGUCAGAGCAGUAAAUGAAGCUGUCAGUUUGUUAGAAUAUCAUCAAAACCGGUGUGUGAAAUGGAUCAUCUUUACUGUGGGAACUUUCCCGAAAGACGUGCAAAAACACAAAUAGCAUAUGUGUGCUUUAUAUUAACCUUGUCAACUCCUUUGUGCCAUAAUAAUUUUCGACAAAUUAUUAAAAAAAAGAAAAAAUCCUGUGAGAAAUUGCUGGUGAUGCUGUGAUGGAGUAAUGGUAAUGCCAAGUCCUAUCUUGGUGGUACAUUUGAAACAAUCAGUCAGUAAAUCAUGCUGAAAACUGAUCAGACAGGGAUAUGUGAAACCAUCUUGACCAGAAUAGGACAGAAUGGGACAGAAGGAUUUUGAAGUUUGCUUCUGUCUGACCUGGUCAGGGGUACAGAGUUAAUCAUUUUGCCUUUCACCUGUUGACGUCUAUAAUGUUCAAGCAGGUUUUCUUGUAACAAGAUUGCCAACAGAUGCUUGCAGCGCACUUUCACCUAUGAACAAAAGUUGUCAGUAAAAUUUGGUACACUAAGAGGCGUUUCAUUGAAUACGACGUGCGAUAUUUACGUAAUGAUCACAGACGAACAUGCAUUU